UAGUUGUCUCUACGCUCGCCAACCGCUAACAACAAGUAACCCGGGGAAUUGUGGAAUAAGCGCUUAAACAUUUGCUGUAUGUACGGUUCGGUUCGGUUGGGCUUUAAAAAACGGGUUUUAAUUUUAUACCAACACCGUAAGACCAAAAAUUCAAAAUCGUCCAAUACAAUAGCAACAACAACAACAAGUAUCUCUUAAGUAUCUCAAAAAGACUUAAGACAGCAGCUAACGUUAGGUGGUUGUGUGGUGAAGUUGAAAGCAAAAAAUAAAGAAAAAAAUCAACGAAAUAAGAAUCUAAGUGAAAAGAUUGUGAUUCUGGGUGUCUGUUCUUUUUUGUGUCUGUCAUCUACCACAUCCGCAUGUGCAUGUGAAAAAAACGUACUUCUUUUGUUUUUAAUUAACAGCUACCCCAAAUUUCAAAUACCACAAACAACAACAACACAGGAAAAGACAAGUAAAAAAUUUACAAAAAAAAAAAAGAGUUACGAACCGUGAAAAGAUUCACAAAAGAAUUUCUAAACAAUGAUCUUCAUUUUAUUAAGUGAUUGAGUAAACGAACGAGCAAACAAACGACCGACCAACCAACGAAAAAAGAAAUUGUAUAAUUCUCGUUUUAUUUUUUUUUCUAAUGAAAAGAUUUUCUAAUUGUGCAAUUGUUCUCUAAUUGUUUGUCCCAAAUCCAACCAGAAAUAUAUAACUGUUUAGGUCUUAACAAGCUAAACAGCAAAAAGCGACAACGACGACGAGAUUCGGGGAAAAAAGACAUAAUCAAGUGUAAAUGACGACUCCAACAACAACAAAAUGCCCAAAAAUCGCACUCUGAUAUAUUUGCUAUUGCUUUUGGCAAACAGUGUCUUGAUCAUAUGUGAAACAAAUUUUCCACCCGUAUUCCGCCAUGUCGAUAACAAUAUUAUUCUAUCGGAAAGCACACCAGUUGGUACAGUGGUCUACAAACUAGAAGGUUCCGAUCCAGAGGGUAGCAAUAUUACAUUCGGUUCCAUUGGUUCGGAGCAUUUUGAAGUGGAUCCGAUAUCGGGAAAUAUUACCUUAAUCAAACCACUCGAUCGUGAGGAAAAGGAUAGUUUGACAUUUCUAAUAACCGUGAGAGAUCAAGUAAGCGAAGAGAGGGAAUCGGAAUUGGAUAAUAUUGUACAAGAAACUGUUACCUUUAUAAUAUCCGAUGAGAAUGACAAUGCACCGGAGUUUGUUAAUACGCCCUAUGGCGUUGAUGUCUCUGAGGAUACUCCCGUGGGCACCACAAUAUUCCGUAAUAUUUUGGUGAAAGAUCGCGAUAUUGUUGGAGAAAGCUUAGAUAUAAAAUGUAUUGCCCAAACACAAUCACCUGAUGCCUGUGAAAAAUUCCAUUUGGAUGUUGUAACAAGUGAACCAACUGUCCUUACAGCCAAUGUCAUAUUGAAUCAAGCUUUAAAUUACAAUCAGCGUACUAUUUAUCAUUUUAUAAUAGAGGCUACGGAUGGAGUACAUCAAACUCAAACUCAUUUUGAGGUACGAGUCAAGGAUAUACAAGACAAACCACCGGUAUUUUUGGAAUAUAAAUCAAAUGUCAUUGACGAAGAUGCCCCCAUAAAUACAUUGGUUUUGAAAAUCCAAGCAAGGGAUGGUGAUACCGGAGAGCCAAGGAAAAUAGUCUAUGAUCUGGUGACAAACCCCAUGGACUAUUUCCUAUUGGAUGAACAUACCGGGGAAUUGCGUACCGCCAAACCUUUGGAUCGCGAAGCCUUACCUGACGGCUCUGGCAUAAUGAAACUCAUUGUGCGAGCCAGAGAAGUUGUCAAUGGCACUCCAAGCAAUGAUCCCAUGGAGAGCAGUACCACCACAGUGACCAUUACAAUACGCGAUGUAAAUGAUUCACCACCCACCUUCAAUCGCAAAGAGUACGAGGUAUCCCUGCCAGAGAAUACAGCAACUGGCACCCCCUUGGCAUUGGAUAUGAAUGUAACAGACAGGGAUGUUGGCAUUAAUUCCAAAUUUUCUCUACGUCUCGAUGAUGUUUCGGAUGUUUUCGAUGUGGAACCUAAAUUCGUAACCGGUUUUUCUCAAGUUCACAUAAGAGUGGCCAAUGGCACAUUAGACUACGAAAAUCCCAAUCAAAGGAAAUUUAUUGUCCUGGUUAUUGCAGAGGAGACCGAUACAAAUCCUAAACUCAGUUCCACGGCAACCAUAACCGUAUCGGUUUUAGAUGUCAACGAUAAUAAGCCCAUGUUUGAAGAACAAUCCUAUUCAGCCUCAAUAUCCGAGUCGGCAUUGCCGGGUCAAUAUAUUACCACAAUAACGGCCAAGGAUUUGGAUUCUGGCAAUUAUGGAGAUGCUGGCAUACGUUAUAGUUUAUCGGGCAAUGGAGCCGAGUUGUUUGACGUCAAUGAAAAAACCGGUGUUAUUACCCUGGCCGAUUGCCACAAGAAAGCACCGGCGGGAAAUCAAAGACGUAAACGGCAAUUGGAAAAAUAUCUGAUGAGCUAUCAUGGCGAUGAAACAGCAGAAGAACAAGAAGUUAAAAAUGAUGCCACAUUUGAGUAUAAAAUAAUCAAGCCACCAGCCACGGAUGUCAUGGUAGAUGUCAACAAUGAAUUAAUGCCAGAUCAGGUGGAAGCGCCCAAAACUUGUUUGGAUUAUGAAACGGAAACUACAUACUUUUUGGCCUACAAUGCCAGGGAUGAUGAAGGUCGAGGUCAAAACACUGUUGUAUCCCUGCGUAUUUCGGUGACAGAUGCCAAUGAUUCACCGCCCAUCUGUGAAAGUCCACAUUAUCGGGCCUCUGUGGAUGAGGGUUCGCAUGUCUUCGAUGCUCCGCUGUUUGUAAAGGCUCGAGAUGCGGAUACUGUGUCAGAUAUUACAUAUAGCAUCAUUGGCGACAAACAUAUCCAGGAGACAUUUGUCAUUGAUAAGGAAUCGGGACAAAUUACCAUUCGCCCCAAUGCCACCUUAGAUGUUACCCAUUUAAACAAUGAUAAUCUUGUAUUUGCCGUAGAAGCCAAUGAUGGCCUUUACACGGCAAAUUGUAUGGUUAAUGUGACGGUGCGUGAUGUCAACAAUCAUAAGCCACGAUUCCUAUCCGACACCUAUCAGGCUGUGGUUGAGGAAAAUUCCGAAAUUGGUCGCAGUGUGGAAAAACUAGAAGCUGAAGAUUUGGAUUCGGGUAUAAAUGCCCAACUGAAAUAUCGCAUACAACAGGGAAGUUUUGAUGAUUUUCGAAUUGAUGAAAACACUGGCGAGGUGUUUGUAUCACGGAAACUGGACUAUGAUAAACGCAAUACCUAUGAAAUUGAAGUCAUUGCCAUGGAUAUGGGUACACCAAGUCUAUCAGGGACAGCCACCUUGACAGUAAAUAUCAUGAAUAGCAAUGAUAAGGAUCCAUAUUUUACGCCAGCCACCCAGCAUGCAGAGGUCCGUGAGGAUACCCUUGUUGGCACCGUUUUCUACACAUUACUAGCCAUUGAUCCUGAUGUCUCGUCUCGUGAUGCCUUGGAAUUUGCUGGUGUUAAUAUAACCGCUGUUGACAAGGACGGCAAUGAAGUUGAAAACAGUGAACAAUUCAAGGAAUAUUUUACCAUCACCCGCAGCGGCAAAGUUGUGGUCAAUAAAAAGCUAAAUCGAAAUCUGUUUGCGGUGAUAAGAAUAAAUGUACUGGUCACCGAUAGUACGGCACCCACUGUCCAACAAGGCAUGGGUCUUUUGAUCAUACAAAUUAUCGAUGUCAACGAAGUUGCUCCGAAAUUCAGUUUACCCUGGACCCCCGAAAAUCCAGUAAUCAAACUUCAAAUGGUCGAAGAACAACCGGUUGGUACAGUCCUGACAACACUACAGGCCUACGAUGAAGAUUCCACGAUUGGAGAAUAUGAUAUUUCGGAAAAUGAUUAUUUCGAAAUUAACAAAUCGUCAGGUGUGGUAACACUGACCAAACGUUUGGAUUAUGAAACAAUAAAGGAGGUGAAAUUUAUUGCCACCGUCAGUGAUACAGGUGUGCCACCGUUGACAUCUACGGCCGAUGUCAUUGUGGAUAUCAUAAAUCUUAACGAUAAUGAACCACAGUUUACACAAAAUGAAUAUUAUUUCAAUAUAACGGAAAAUUCCCCAAUUGGUACAGUGGCGGGGAAGGUGGAAGCAUUCGAUAAGGAUUUGGGAGCCUUCGGAGAGGUGACAUAUUCCCUGAUAGGAGAGAACAAUAAGUAUUUUACCAUUGAUUCGUACACGGGCAAUAUAAUGGUGUCGAAUUCUUCAAUUUUGGAUCGAGAGAAAGUAAAGCAGUUGACAUUGACGGCGGUGGCAAAGGAUAAGGCGCCGACCACAGUUCAAAAAUCGACUUCAGCGGCGAUAUAUUUAAAUGUUUUGGAUGUCAAUGACAAUGCCCCGGAAUUUACCCAAAACGAAUACACCUCCACUGUGGCCGAAAAUGCUGCUUUAAAUCCCCCGGCAGCGGUGUUACAAGUCAAGGCUUUCGAUUUGGAUGAGGGCAUAUUUGGUGAUGUUCGUUAUGUUAUCAUUGCCGGCAAUGAAGAGGGCCUCUUCCGCCUGGAUGCUCAAACUGGUAUUUUGUAUCCAGCCAGAAGUCUUAAUGGACAGAAGGGAGUCUAUGAAUUGACAAUAUCGGCAAGAGAUACCCAAGGCUCGGGCACCAUGGAGGCCACAACCAAGGCCAUUGUAAAUGUGAUGGGAGUUAAUCAACAUCGUCCAGUUUUUGUGAUACCAGCUUCAUCGAAUGCCACCAUUGAAAUACCGGGGGAGGUUGUGCCCAAGGAUUAUCUCAUAUUAACGGUCAAGGCCUCCGACAAUGAUACCGAUGAAAACGGUAGAAUCUUUUAUCAUUUGCAAGUAAAAGAUCAAAAUCUCCAGGAAACCGAGGAAUUUAAAAUUGAUGCAGAAACCGGUGAACUCAGGACCAACAGUGAUCUGCAGCGCAAGGAAAAGGCCAACUAUGAUUUAAUUUUGGUCGCCCAAGACAAUGGCAAUCCCAAGCCAUUUGAAACGUUACGUUUCCUAACCAUCAGUAUUAUUGAUGCCAAUGAAAAUCGUCCCGAAUUCCCAGAUGCCAGCAAUCCCUACAAGAUUUCCAUAAUGGAAAAUAAUGAGCGUAAUAUAAAGAUUGGUAAAAUCCAGGCCACAGCCCGUAACAAACACAACAAGGAUGUCUACUACUAUAUGCUGUUGGGCAAUGAAGAUGGAGCCUUUGCUGUGGAUAAGGCAACGGGAGAUAUUUAUACAAAUAAAACCUUGGAUAGAGAAACCACCGAUUUCUACACCCUUUACAUAUUGGCCAGUAUUAAACGCGACCUACACAUAUCAGAUGAAGAACGUGCUUCUUUCUCCAUCAAGACAUUAGAUCGUGAUAAUACCGUGGCUAAGGUGCUCAUCACAGUUCUAGAUCAAAACGAUAACCCACCUAUAUUCGAAACGGAUAUAUAUUAUGCUGGCGUAAAUGCAAAAUCUCCAAUUGGUACUAUUAUUAGUACGGUAAAUGCUUCGGAUGCCGAUGCUGGAAAGAAUGCCUAUAUUGAGUAUAUGAUUAUUGCCUCAAAUCUCUAUAAAUAUGGAGCUACCAAGAGUACGGGUUCCAUAGUGCCAAGUCCAUUUGCCAUUUCGCCCGAGGGCCGAGUAACGACGGGAGCAUUUGUGGCCGAGUAUAAUCAAGAUCGUUUUGAAUUGGAAAUUGUGGCCAAGGAAAUGGAGAAACCGGAACGUGUGGCUCGCACCAAAGUUAUUGUUUGGAUAUAUGACUACAGUCAAUUGGUGCGUGUUAUACUAUCACGACCACCCGAGGAGGUCUACCAACAGCAGGAAGAAAUUGUGGCCGAAUUGCGCAAUGCCACCCAACAUCGCAUUAUUGUUGAUGAAAUACGUUUCCAUGUGGAUUCCAUGGGUAGGAUACGCAUGGAUUGGUCGGAUCUGUAUUUCCAUGCCGUUGAUCCACAAACUCAACAAAUAUCAGCUGUCGAUGAGAUUUUGAAAGUCAUUGAUGCCAACUAUGAUUAUUUGCGGGAUUACUAUGCUGGGUUUGCAAUUGAAAAUGUCGUUCCCGCCUACAUAACCAUUGUCCAGGAGGAAUUUGAUUUGGCCGUGGCCGGUCUGGUGGCAUUGGUAAUUGUGCUUUUUGUGGGUGUUGUUAGUUUUAUUGUCUUAUGUUGUUGUCUAAAGCAUUGGAAUUUAUCUGUGCCAACGGAAAAUCGCCGCAAAGAGGCUCUCAUAAAGAAACAAAUUAUUGAAGAUUUGAAUACAACCGAGAAUCCCCUGUGGAUUGAACAAAAAUUAAAAUUAUAUGAAGAACAAGAAUUGACAAUGCAAGUCUUUUCGGAACCCGAUCACAUUUCCAAUUCCGAUAUACAAGGUCAUAUGGACCAUUGUGGUUCGAUGGAACAGCAGCAUGUUGUUGACAAUACAUAUGCCACAAUACAGCCACGUAAUCAUGUUGGUAAUUCUGGUGGUAUGGUGGGCGGUGGUAAUGGACAGCAACAUCCCAAUAAUGGCGGAGGACCAAGUAGUCAUGGCCGUAUGGAUCCGCAUAUGAAUGAUUUUGCUGAUUAUGCCACUUUACGCAAUAACAGGGUACCUUCGAUGUUUGAAUUUACGGGCUCCACAUUCCAGGCACCAAUUAGGGAUGGUGAUGAUGUUGUCACCGAAUUAAUAUAAAAACACAGACAGGCAGGUUAUAUACCACAAAAAAAGCUUAUAGUAUUAGGCGCAGCUAAUCAAAUAGAAAACAUAUUCAAAAUACAUACAUACAAAUAUCUUAUGUUAUUGUAUGUAAUAAGCAUACUGAGAUUAGCUUAAAUCAUCUAGUGACAACUGAGCAGCUUUUUCGGCAACUAAAGAGAAAAUAUAGAAAUAUUUUUACAUUUUUUGCUAUACAAAAAUUAUAUGUAACGCCGCAAAUUGACGACCAUGAGAAUUGUGACAAUAAAAACAUAGACUUAUAUAGAAAUCAUUAUGUCCACAAUUUGAAUUUUUUUGAUAAAUGGAUUAUUUAUAAUAACAUGAGUAAAUCGGCAGCAAUUUGUUAAACAAUUUUUUCGGGAUUUUGUCUUUUACUCGAAUAAUCCAUGUUGUUUUCAUCAUCACUAUUAUUCUCAUGAAAUCCCGAAAAAGUGAUUUACAAUAUGUAGUCGAAAUAAAUCAUGACAUUUUUUGAUACGAAUAUACAAUAUAUAUACACAGUAGCUAUAAUAAGCUGUUUAAAAUAUAUCUCUAUUAUUGAAAACAUAUUAAAUGAAUAUACAUAUAUUUUGUUUAUCCCCCUCUACUUAUAUUUAAUUGUAAGCUAUUAUUUAAUUUUAUAGAAAUCUAUUAUUACUAACCUUAAGGUAAUAGCCAUUCUUGCUGUAUUUGAAUAUUUUCAUUUAUGUAUAAAUUUAAUAAACUAAUUUAGUUAUGAAGUCUAUAUUUAGUUAGAAUAUAAAAAAAAAAACACUGUUUAUGCUUUAAGUACAAAUUAUUAUGCUUCCAAUGAAAAUGUCCACAAAACUAAUUUAAAACGCUAAUAAGGAAUUCAUAUAAGUUUGUGCGUAUGUAUUGAUACAAAAAAUAUAUGCAAUAACAUUUAUACAAAAAACAA